GAAGACAAGGAUCCUUUUCCCUAUAUGGAGCACAGACCUGGCCUUGUGUAGAUGUUCCAUAAAUGAUUAUUGAGCAGAUACAUAAAUGAACAUUUCUCUGAACCUCAUUCUACAUGUGAAGAUGGGGGAGCCAUUUUACCAAGUCCUUGUGAUACUACAUGAACAAUUGAAAGCUUCCUGCAGGAUUUGUAGAGAUGGAAGACGUCAUAGCACGCAUGCAAGAUGAAAAAAAUGGAAUUCCUAUUCGUACUGUCAAAAGCUUUCUUUCCAAGAUACCUAGCGUCUUCUCUGCAAAAUGGCCUCAGGCCAGUUAGUUGUACGGGAAACUGCUUGCAGGGAAGAUGUUUACGGGAAAAUAGCGGACACGUGUUAGGGUCGGACAUUGUUCAAUGGUUAAUAAAGAACUUAACCAUAGAAGAUCCAGUGGAGGCACUCCAUUUGGGGACAUUAAUGGCUGCCCAUGGCUACUUCUUUCCAAUCUCGGAUCAUGUCCUCACACUCAAGGAUGAUGGCACCUUCUACCGGUUUCAAACACCCUAUUUUUGGCCAUCAAAUUGUUGGGAGCCGGAAAACACAGACUAUGCGGUUUACCUCUGCAAAAGAACAAUGCAGAACAAGGCAAGGCUGGAGCUAGCCGACUAUGAAGCUGAGAGUCUGGCCAGGCUGCAGAGAGCAUUUGCCCGGAAGUGGGAGUUCAUCUUCAUGCAGGCAGAAGCACAAGCAAAAGUGGACAAGAAGAGAGAUAAGAUCGAAAGAAAGAUCCUUGAUAGUCAGGAGAGAGCGUUCUGGGAUGUGCACAGACCCGUGCCUGGAUGUGUAAAUACCACUGAAGUGGACAUUAAGAAGUCAUCCAGGAUGAGAAAUCCACACAAAACACGAAAGUCUGUCUAUGGUUUACAAAAUGAUAUUAGAAGUCACAGCCCUACCCACACACCCACACCGGAAACUAAACCUCCAACAGAAGAUGAGUUACAACAGCAGAUAAAAUAUUGGCAAAUACAGUUAGACAGACAUCGGUUAAAAAUGUCAAAAGUUGCUGAUAGUCUGCUAAGUUACACGGAACAGUAUGUAGAAUAUGACCCAUUUCUUGUACCACCUGACCCUUCUAACCCAUGGUUGUCUGAUGAUACUACCUUCUGGGAACUCGAAGCAAGCAAAGAACCAAGCCAGCAGAGAGUGAAACGAUGGGGCUUUGGCAUGGAUGAAGCAUUGAAAGACCCAGUUGGGAGAGAACAGUUCCUUAAAUUUCUAGAGUCAGAAUUCAGCUCAGAAAACUUAAGAUUCUGGCUAGCAGUGGAGGACCUGAAGAAAAGGCCUAUUAGAGAAGUCCCCUCUCGAGUUCAGGAAAUAUGGCAAGAAUUUCUAGCUCCAGGAGCCCCCAGUGCCAUUAACUUGGAUUCUAAGAGCUAUGACAAAACCACACAGAAUGUGAAGGAGCCCGGACGAUACACAUUCGAAGAUGCUCAGGAGCACAUUUACAAACUGAUGAAAAGUGACUCAUAUCCGCGUUUUAUAAGAUCCAGUGCCUAUCAGGAGCUUCUACAAGCAAAGAAAAAGGGCAGAAACAUCCCUAUUUUCCCAUGCCAUAAAAACUGUACACCAACACUGAGGGCCAGCACUAACCUGUUAUGAAAAGAGGGGAAAUCUCUCACGUCAAAGAGGUUAACAAGCCUCGUUCAAUCUUAUUAAAAGGAUCGUCUUGUAGCAUGAGAGCGAACUGGAGUCAUUGCAUAUACUUUGUAGUUCUUUGUCGUUACCUGGAGCAGAGGACGUUAGACUAAGAUCUUGCAUGAGCAAAGGACUUGAAUUGUUCUUUCUGUGUGUACAUUACGGCAUUGCCAUCUCCAAGGGACUCUGCCAUCUUGAUGCCUCCAUUUCAAAAUGUCUGCUAACUUCCUCCUUGUACUGAGCUGGAUCUGUGUCUUUUCCUUUUUAACAAUUCAAGUGAAGUAAACCUUUUUCCCCCCUUUCUCUCCUUCCCUUAAAGCUUCUUCUAGACACACAGUUCACUAGAAAUUCAGUCAGUCACGAACUGGAAGAAUUGUAAAAGGAAAAAAAAACAUAUAUCAAUAAGUAUACAUAUGGCUUCACAUUUAUUAAAUAAGAAAUUAGCACAGAAAGUUCAUUUCACCAAUAUAUCACAGUCAAAAACAAGCUCAUGUCUUUGUUGCCUUUACAUUCUCGGUUAAUGUUCUUGCAUUUAUUUUUAUACCAUAUUUAAAUAAGAGACACCUUUUACUCCAAAUGUAUUAAAGUUGACCCCUUCUCUGUAAAUUUGUGUAUGUUUAUAUUGUUGUUUUAUCUUUCAUUAAAAGAUGCAUAAUCUCGUU